AUGCACUACCCGCCACGUCUCGAUAGGGAAGUGACAACAAAACUAAACCACAUAAAUGAAAGUUGCCAAAACAAGGCCGUCGAUUCCAGGUCUCAAGCCAUAGACGAUUCAAUUAUAUUGUUCAAGAGCCAUUCAUCGUUGACGCAGUACAUGUCUUUGAAAAUCAAGCGUGGAUACAAAGUUUGCUGUCGGUGUGAUAGCCAAAGCGGAUAUUUGUAUGAGAUUGACAUAUACACCGAUAAGACUGAAAACACAUUUGAAGAAGAACUAGGGGCAAAAGUUAUAAAGAAAUUAAUACAGAAACAUAUAACAAAAGGUAUGCAGAAUUCUCACAUAACUUUUUGUGACUUUAAAAUUUUAGCCUAUUGGUUUGACAACGAUAUAUACGUGACUGGCACGGUGCGCAGACUAAGAGCGGACGUGCCUGAUCUUGUAAAAGGAGCUACAGAAAAGAAGUUGAAGCUACCAAAAAGAAACUUCGAGUGGAGGGUCAAAGAGAAUGUAGCUUUAAUAAUUUUGCAAGACAAUAAAGAAGUGCUGUUUAUGACAAACGCCAUUUAUCCUAAGCUCUGUCGAACCACAGUGACGAGAAUGAAAAAGAUGGAUCUAAAUAAGAUGUUCGGUGCCCCUUUGUUACAAAGGAAACCACCAAAAGAAUGGAAGGGGUGGAUCGGUUUGAUCGACUAA